CAAACUACUCUGCUCAGUCUGAGAAAGACACAGAAGACGAGAGCAAGGAAGAAAGCAUCGCUCCCCAUCAACUGGCCGUGAUCAUGCAGUCAGUGGCGCUCCUCCUCAUAAUGGGACUGGUGGAUCUGAGCUUGGGUCAGCAUUCCAGCCAGUUCCAAUGGCUGUCCCGUCUGCGAGGGCGGCGUCGGCAUGCCAGUUUGCAGGCCGAUGACAUGGACUGUCCCCUGGAGUGUGACUGCCCCUCAGCCUUUGUAACAGCCAUGUACUGUCACAAUCGCAACCUUCAGCAUGUUCCCUACGUGCCCUCACAUAUGAAGUAUGUCUACCUGCAGCAUAACCAAAUCACAGGCAUCCAGGACGGAGUGUUUGACAAUGCUACCAACUUGGUCUGGGUCGUGUUGUUCGGCAACCAGCUCAGCUCGGACAAAAUUGGCAAGAACGUCUUCAGCAAGCUCAAGACGCUGAAUCGGCUUCUUUUGGAUCACAACGAGCUCACCCACGUUCCUCCUAACUUGCCCAAGUCUCUCACUGACCUGCGGCUCGGUCACAACAAGAUCUCAAAAAUCCUCCCCGGCUCGUUUGAGGGGAUGGUCGACCUCACUACCCUUCACCUCCAAGCAAACGCCAUAGAGAACGUCCAAGGUGUGUCCAAGGGACUGAGGUCUCUGACCGUGCUGGAUAUGAGGAAAAACAAGCUGAGGGAAAUUCCUGACGACCUCCCCGAGAUGCUGCAGCAGCUCUACUUGGAGUUUAAUGACAUCGAGAGUGUGCCGGCGGGCUUUUUCACCGGGCAUCCCAAACUGCAGUUUGUCCGCUUGGCUCAUAACAAGUUGACAGAUAAAGGACUUCCGUCCAGCGUCUUCAACGUCAGCACACUCAUCGAGCUUGACCUGUCCUUUAAUAAACUGGAGAAGAUCCCUGUUGUCAGUAGGAACCUGCAAAACCUUUAUUUACAAGCCAAUAAGAUCAAAGAGUUCUCCCUGCGCAGCUUCUGCGGCGCAAUCGACAUGACCAACUUCUCCAGGCUGAGGAUGCUGCGUCUGGACGCCAACGAAAUAAGUGCCAGAGACAUUCCUGCCGAAGCGGCCUACUGUUUGCGGCGCGUCGCCUUCAUUGACGUGUAGAUCGCUGAUGAGUCUCGACUUAUCUUAUCUAAUGGACCGUGCUUCUUCUCGUCACGGUCCUCUCUAUCGUAACAUGUUUCAAAUGGCAUUUCUAGAUAUUCUCUUGAGAGUGAUUACUAUUUUUCCAAAUGAUCAACAGUUUCAGUAUUAGCCAACAGGAAAUUCCACAGUUGUAUAAUCAUGUAUCCAGAUGACAGACAGAUGGAUGACAGAGAGGGAGAGACAGGGAGAGAGACAGGGAGAGAGAGAUCACUAACAUCCUUCAACAAACUUGUUUGCUUAGCAGUCGCAGUUCUGGCAAAGUAAUAUUUUUUUUAAUAUACUGUAUGUAUACAUCUAUAAAAUCUGCCAAUCAUCGGUGUCAGAUUCAGUUUAAAUCUUGACCUCCACUAUGUGUCACAAAGUGAUAAAACAGUAGUUUGAGCAAUUCUAACAUUUAACACAUUUAACUCGGACACUUUUCCAUCAAUGUUGAACAUUAAUCAGGUUUUGUGAUCAAUUGUAUGUGUAGCGUCUGACGUAUGCAAACAUCAUAGGUGGGUUUCAGGACUGUUGUUGCUGUUGCAUGUUGUAAUUAGUUAUUUGAUUAUUUCAUAAAUUUAAACUCACUCACUAAUAAAUGUUUGAAUCUAAAUUUUGCUUCAUGUUAAUUUUUGAGCAAAUCUCAUGGAGAUGGGGAUAAACUAAUCAAGAUUUUUACACAAGGAGAGAGUUUUAUCG